AUGACGGCCAACAUGGACGUCAGCCUGGACGAGAUCCUCGCGGAGCGCAAGUCGGAGCGCCGUGGCAACCGCAGCCGCAACGAUCGCAACGACAGAAACGGCGGUCGCAGCGGACGCCGUGACCGCGACCGGCGCGACGACUACCCGCGCGAUGGAGUCCGAAAGCACCAUGUCAAGGCUUCACGCAGCCGUGCAUCGCCAGAGCGCACCCGUGGCACGCGCGUCCGCGUCGACAACCUCCACUACGACCUGACCAAAGACGACCUCGAGGGCCUCUUUUCCCGCAUCGGCCCUGUCGCCGCCGUCGACCUCGUCUACGACCGCGCCGGCCGUUCCGAGGGCACCGCCUACGUGACCUACCUCGAACACGACGACGCCCGCGCGGCCCUCCGCGAAUACGACGGCGCCAACGCCAAGGGCCAGCCCAUUCGACUGGCGAUUGUGCCUGCCGGCGGACGGCGCGGCCACAAUGGCAACGUGGCCGUUGGGAGCGGCCGGCCGCUGGCCGAGCGCAUCUCGCGGCCACGAAAGCGGGGAGGGGACGACGGUGACGACCAAGACGGCCAAGACGACGAGGAGGGGGACGGCCGCACGAGCCUGUCCGUGGCAGCACGCCGCGGUAUUGACCGGUACGUGCCCGGGUCAGACUCGACGGCCGGGGGCGGUGGUAGUGGCCGGCUGUCGCGGUCGCGCAGUCCGCCGCCGCGCCGCCGCGACGGCGGCCGGCGGCCGGGUGAGCGGAGAGGCGGCCGUAACGGUAACGGCCGUUCUGACAACAACAACAACAACAACAACAACAACCAGAACGGUGGCGGUGGCGGCGGCAACCGGCGGCCGCGCAAGACACAAGAGGAGCUGGACGCGGAGAUGGCCGACUACUUUGUCGAGGGCAGCAACGGCGCCGCCACCGCCACCGCUGCACCGGCCGUCGAGGCCGCAGCAGCAGCACACGACGACGGCGACGACACGGAUAUGAUUCUGUGA